GGUUUUAUCGGGAGCCUGUAUUGAGGGGGUUCAAAAGGGGGUGUGUGUAUGUAGGGGAAGGGGGUGGCACCCGUGAGCCAGGGUAGAUUUAGCUUUGCAAGUAGCAAGAUUCUUAGCUUCUCAGGACUCUCCUGUUGGCUGUUGCUCCGAGAUGCUCAAGCAGAGCUCUGGGCUUUUUCACCUGCCGCGCUGAGGCAGUGGGAGAUUGGGGAGAGCGGCUGCUGCUUAAGGCAGCUGGGGUGUGUGAGAUGGGGGGAGCGCAUACUGCAGUAUAAUGCGAGCCCAUCUCCUCUGGAAAAGCAAGCCUCUGCCCGAGCCCCAGCGCCCCAUUCAGGUACUCUGCAUCCGUCUCCCACCCCUCCAGUAACUUGACACUUCGCUUCUCUUCACUGGUGCUUCCUUUGGUAUUGGGGUGGUGGGGGGAGGGGGAGAGUUUUUUGGGGGAGGAUUGCGGUAGCUGAAGGAGAAAUUCCGAGAGAAGCUUGCCUGGUGCUUCUCUUCUUCUCCCCCCACAUUUCCACUCUCCCCCCACCCCUCACCGGGUCCCCGCUGCCCCCCUCCGCUGCCGCCACUACUGCUGCUACUGCUUUGCUCUUCGCCAAUUCGGAGACGGACGGAAGCCUGUGUCAUGCAAUUGGUGCCAAGUGAAGGUGCCCGAGUCUGAAGUGCCCGUGAGGAAGUGAAAGCCAAAUCAAACCCCACAAUGACAGCCAUGAAGCAGGAGCAGCAGCCGUCCAAUCCGGGGGCCAGAGGGAGCCAGGCGCAGCAGCAAGAUCAGGAAUUGGGAAGUAACAGCCCUCCACAAAGAAAUUGGAAGGGAAUUGCUAUUGCCCUGCUGGUGAUUCUUGUUGUGUGCUCACUCAUCACAAUGUCAGUCAUCCUUUUAACUCCAGAUGAACUUACAAAUUCAUCAGAAACCAGAUUGUCCUUAGAAGAUCUCUUCAGAAAAGAGUUUAUGGUUCAUAAUCCUGAGGCCAGAUGGAUCAAUGAUUCAGAUGUGGUGUAUAAAAACGGGAAUGGACAUGUCAUUAAACUGAAUGUAGAAACAAAUGUCACCACAUUAUUAUUGGAAAACACAACUUUUGUAACCUUUAAAGCAUCAAGACACUCUGUUUCACCAGACUUAAGAUUUGUUCUUCUGGCUUAUGAUGUGAAACAGGUUUAUCAUUAUUCGUACACAGCUUCAUAUGUGAUCUAUAACAUACAUACAAGGGAAGUUUGGGAGUUAAACCCUCCAGAAGUUGAGGAUUCCAUUUUGCAGUAUGCAGCUUGGGGUGUACAAGGGCAGCAACUGAUUUACAUUUUUGAAAAUAACAUCUACUAUCAACCUGAUGUAAAGAGCAGUUCAUUGCGACUGACAUCUUCAGGAAAAGAAGGAAUUAUUUUUAAUGGAAUUGCUGACUGGUUAUAUGAAGAGGAACUUCUACAUUCCCAUAUCGCUCAUUGGUGGUCCCCUGAUGGAGAAAGACUUGCAUUCUUGAUGAUAAAUGACUCCUUGGUACCGAACAUGGUUAUUCCUCGCUUUACUGGAGGGCUAUACCCCAAAGCAAGACAGUAUCCUUAUCCUAAGGCAGGUCAAGUGAACCCAACAGUUAAAUUAUAUGUUGUGAACUUAUAUGGACCCACUCAUACUCUGGAGCUUAUGCCACCUGACAGUUUCAAAUCAAGAGAAUAUUAUAUCACCAUGGUGAAGUGGGUGAGCAAUACCAAGACUGUAGUGAGAUGGUUAAACAGACCUCAGAACAUCUCCAUUCUGACUGUCUGUGAGACAACUACAGGAGCUUGUAGCAAAAAAUAUGAGAUGACAUCAGACGUGUGGCUUUCUAAACAGAAUGAGGAACCUGUGUUUUCCAAAGAUGGCAGCAAGUUCUUUAUGACAGUCCCUGUUAAGCAGGGAGGUCGAGGAGAAUUUCAUCACAUUGCCAUGUUCAUUGUUCAGCCUAAAAGUGAGCAAAUCAGUGUGCGGCAUCUGACAUCAGGAAACUGGGAAGUCAUAAAAAUCUUGGCAUAUGAUGAAAGUACUCAAAAGAUUUAUUUCUUGAGUACAGAGACUUCUCCAAGAGGAAGGCAACUGCAUAGUGCAUCCACUGAUGGAUUAUUGAAUCGUCAAUGUCUUUCAUGCAAUUUUAUGAAAGAUCAGUGCACAUAUUUCAGUGCAAAGUUUAGUCCUACCAAUCAACAUUUUUUAUUGCAUUGUAAAGGGCCAGGUGUUCCAGUGGUCAGUGUACACAACAUCAACAACCCUUCAAAAUUUUACAUAUUGGAAAGUAAUUCCCUGUUAAAAGAAGCCAUCAUGAAGAAAAAGAUCACCAAGACUGAAAUUAAAAUGCUCCACAUUGAGGACUAUGAACUUCGUUUACAGUUGUCCUUCCCCAAGGAUUUUUCGGAUCGAAACCAGUAUGCUGUUUUAUUAUUAAUUGAUGAAGCACCAGGAAGCCAGUUAGUUACAGAUAAGUUUCACAUUGAUUGGGAUUCAGUACUUGUUGAUUCUGACAAUGUCAUUGUGGCCCGAUUUGAUGGAAGAGGUAGCGGGUUUCAGGGGCUAAAGAUAUUGCAGGAGGUUCACCAUAGCCUGGGAUCUGUAGAAGUGAAGGACCAAAUAACAGCUGUGAAAUCUUUACUGAAGCAGCCAUUCGUUGAUCCCAAAAGACUAAGCAUAUUUGGAAAGGGAUAUGGUGGAUAUAUUGCAUCAAUGAUCUUGAAAUCUGAUGAAAGAUUUUUUAAAUGUGGAGCUGUGGUUGCACCAAUUACAGACAUGAAAUUGUAUGCUUCAGCUUUUGCUGAAAGAUACCUUGGUUUUCCAUCUAAGGAAGAAAGUACUUACCAAGCAUCCAGUGUCCUACACAAUAUUCACAGCUUAAAAGAAGAAAAUUUAUUAAUAAUUCAUGGCACAGCUGACACAAAAGUCCAUUUCCAGCAUUCUGCAGAAUUAAUCAAGCAUUUAAUAAAAGCUGGAGUGAAUUAUACUAUGCAGGUCUAUCCAGAUGAAGGCCAUAAUAUUGCAUCCGAGAAGAGCAAAUAUCACCUUUACAGCACAAUUCUCAGAUUCUUCAGUGAUUGUUUAAAGGAAGAAGUACCAGUGUUACCACAGGAACCUGAAGAAGAUGAAUAGAAGGAACCUUAUUUAUAAAGAACUGAAGGAGAUUUUGAGGUUCAAUGAAACUGAAAUAUGACUGUAAUAUUGCAGAUUCUGCAGAGGUUCAAGGGCAGCUAAAGGAGAGGACACUGGAACAGCACACUCAAGAGACAAUGAGCUAACUAAUAAACUGGAAUUUGAAUAUAAAAGUCCAAACAUACUGUGUUGUCAAGGGGACAAAAAUUUUCCCUUUUUGGAAGGUCAGCGUGGGUUACUGUUUCCUGGAAGAAAUUAGUUUUACAUAAAAAGUAGGGGUAGUGCAUGUUUUCUUCUGUUACCUCCCUAUUUGUUCUGUAAGUAGGAACUCUCAUUUUAAUUUUGAUAGCCACUUUCAUCAUUGCAUCUAAUACACAACUUAUCCUAAAUAUGACAGUCCCUGAUGUCCCAAGAGUGAGCUGCAAGCUAAUACUUUACUGUAAUGUUACAAUAAGUGCAAUUCCUUCACUGUCUACUAUUAAGCAUAAGAAAAAAAAUUCAGUUAAUAAAGGACACAAUAUUUUAUAUAGUUUCUGUUUAAAAGAAAGACAUUGGGUGGGCUAAGUCAUUUUAGGUAGAACACAUUCAAUUUGAAUAUUUUUUUUUUCAAAUUUCAGUUAUUUGCUAGCAGAUCACAUAUCUCUGCACAGUGCAAAAGCAUACAGAUACAUAUGGAUACAUGUAUGUGCAAAUGAAGAUCUCGUUUUUCACUGUAAAAUAAGUCUAAAGAGAUCAGCUUUUUAAUUGAACUAUAACAGUGACUCUUUUAAAACUAGAAUGAUGCAUUGUAUAACAAGCCAAAUAUGAUACUAUAUGUAUGCAUAUACAUAUCUAUAUUACCCCAAAUCAAAUUCUAACUCUUGUUUCCAUACAAAUGUUUGGAUUGUGUUUGGUAUUGGUUUCAGUGGCUGUUUUCUAGUUGCGCUUUAAUUUUUGACUAUACCUUGUCACAUGUACAUUAGAUACAUAAAUAUUAAAUUAUAGUUUCAGAUAAACGAAUUUUGUUAACAAUGCCAUGCUACUGAGUACUAUUUUGCUCUCCUAGAAGAGGAAGUUUUGAAUAUUUGUUUUUUAAACUCUAUCAUCUCAAUAUAAAAUCAGUUCUGCUUUUCAUUGUGGAAAGCACAUGACUGAUAGACUCUAUUUGCCAGUUUUAGUUAGUAUCCCAUUCUUUUCCAUUAAGUCUGUUACUAUUUAAUUUAAGCCAUCUUACUAAGACAGACAUGAACUAUUUUCCAUUUUUUGUCCAAGAAGUUCAUAACAGGUGAUAUUACUAUUUCAUUUGAAUUGAGGCACAAUUUCAUUUGGCAAUGAUGCCUUAAAGUAGAAAAUAAUUGACAUAUAAAAUAAAAAUGACUGUAUGAAGUCAACUUAAGUCCUGGGGCUAUUAACUCUAGUGAUUUAAAUCAAAUAUAGCAUUAACUUUUAGGUAACUUCCAGAUGAUGACUGAGAGUAUUAAAACUGUUGGAGUUCAGACAAAAGAAGGUGGUACAAUGUGUUUCUUUUAAACCUUACUCUAGGCUGGAUCUGCUUGAUGUGAUAACAUCUUGAAAGAAAAGUAAAAAGUCCAAUCAAUUUCCUACAUUUUUUUAUUAUUUCUUUUCUUUUUCAAGAGGGUACUGGGUAUUUGGAACUAUCUUGAUUGUAUAGAAAAUUAUGCUGAUGAUCAACUGAAUUGUUCACUUUUAAUCUGAAUACUUUAGAACUAUUAUAGACACUGCCCUGGUGCAUUCACUUCUGCAUUACAGAGUUAUAUGAAACCUCUGUCUCCAAAUGCCCAUUUCAGGUUUCCUUCAAGAAACUAAAGAAAUGGUGUUUUGUUUUGUUUUUGUUUUAAACAAAGUAAGUUGUACUGUUUAAAGAAGAAAGUUUUGCAUAUUUUAUUAAGAUGGGAAGUUCUUUUUAGGCUGAAUUGAGAUUCACCUGAAGCUUUUUAAUCAAUAUUUUAAUCUUCAACCACCAGAGUUUUUUAUGAUGCAAAUAAUUAAGCUGUCUGAAAGCUGUCGUUUUAUUGGAAGUCUAUUUGAGUAACAUUUAAAAGUAUUUACCUUUUACUGUUUAGCAUUUCUCUUGUUUUAUUAUUAUCAAUGUUUAUCUAUUUUUCAAUUAAUUUAAUACAGUUUCUAAUGUGCAAUGA